AUGUCUCUGAACAAGAACCACUCUCAGAAUGGGGGAGUCAUUGUUAACAAUGGAGAGAGUGUUAUUAAAAUGUGCAAAGAUGUGGAACUCACAUUCAGUGAUCUGGCUUACAAGAUGGACGCAUUUAAAGGCACCAAAAAGGGCUUGCUGUAUCUCACUCCAUAUAGGGUAAUCUUUGUGAGCAAAGGAAAGGAUCCAAUGAUGUCAUUUAUGAUGCCUUUCUACUUGGUGAAGGGAUGCUCUAUUGAACAGCCUGUUUUCUCUGCAAACUACAUCAAAGGAAUAAUAAGUGCAGAACCCGGGGGUGGAUGGGAAGCACAGGCAUCAUUUAAACUUACCUUUAACAGUGGAGGUGCAAUUGAGUUUGGACAACAAAUGUUUAAAUUGGCAACCAAUGCUUCCAGAGCACCACAACCUCCUAAUGUUGGAUACGGAUACACCCCUACUGCUGUUCCAGGUGCUUAUGGACCUGGUGGAUAUCCCCCUGCCCCAGGAGGUUAUGCACCUGCACUCUCAGCUGGACCUUACCCAUAUGUACCCCCUACUAUGAAUGGAUAUGCUCCAGCACCUCAGCCCAUGGGAUAUCCAUAUGCUCCACCUCAAGGUCCUGGUAUGUAUCCACCUGAGUUGAACCCAAUGUACAUGGCACCUCCACCUCCUUAUCCAGGACCUCCAUAUAGUGCAGCCCAAGCACCUCCUGGUCCCACUGUUUGGUCAGAACCUGGUAUGCUAGGAAAUGGCAAGGCAGCAGAAGCUGCUUCCAGUGCCUAUUACAACCCAGCAAAUCCUCACAAUGUCUACAUGCCUAUGGAACGGCCCCCUCCAUAUGCACCCACAGAUGACAAGAAGACAAACUAG